ACACGGUUAAAUAAAUAAAUAAGCAUGACAUGUAGGAAUAUAUAUUUUGCAAUGAGGGGAAGCUGAAAAAUCCCCGGAUUGGACCGUAAACAAGAAGCAUGAGAGAGUCUCAGAGACGGACAGAUGACAGAGUGAGGUUUAUGUGGAUCCUGCUGUGCGCCGACACGGAGGUCGACUUACACCGCGACGCUGCUUCAGGGCGUUGAUGUUCAGACGACAAACAGCGAGACAUCAUCCAGCGCUUGCUGGGGACAAGCAAGGCAGGCCACACUGAAUUCUGUGUGUAAAAGUGAAGAGAAAAAGCACAAUAAACCAUACAGAGGACUGCGGAAAGUCUGCAAAAACUGAGAACAUCAUCCUCCACAGCCCAACCUUCACAGACUAUGGUGGACAUUUCAAAUCUCCCUUUUCUUGACCACCCAGAAGUCGAUGGAGCAUUAAAUCACAUGAUCAAGAGUGAUCACAAACCAAACCUGCUGAGACCUCAUUCUCCAGUGCCUGAGACACCCUAGAGCAACUCAAACUUUCCCAAGUAAUUUGCUUAUCUCACGCAACGGAAGCGCUCUGAUAAAAGUCAGAAACAAUUCAUGUUUUUCCAGUGAGGGCCCGAAAAAAGAAACCCAGCCACAGCCCACUGGAGGGUCUCAGAGAAGCUUUUGGGGAACGUCGAGUUGGAGGAGAAGAUCGCUGCAGUGACGGAGAUUAUGGGUAACAAGAACGCCAUCCCGCUGAAGGGUCCAGACACUGGGACUACACAGAAAGAGGACGGGGUGUGCAUCGACAGUGCCACUGGAAGUGUCUCCAGAGAUGCACCACCGGGCCCCAGCCCAGAGCUGCUGGCCUCCCUGCAGUCCCUCAGAGAAAACAGUGACUACACACUGCUGCCACACUCCCUGCACCAGAUCGCAGAGGCCUACUCACUCAAAGAGGACUACCAGUGGGCCAUCCAGUUCCUGCAGCUUGAGAAGCUCUACCAUGAACGUCUGCUUUCCAACCUUGCCGCCCUGCAGGAGAACUGGGAGAGCCAGUGGCGGGAGAAAAAGAACGCUGAAAGCAGUUUGCCCGCUGAGACAGACAGCAUCGGUCAGAAACACAUCGAGACCCUGAGCCAGAUCUGCAGGACACACCCCAGACCAUCCAUCAGUGUGGAACAGCCAUGUUUGAUUCAACAGAACACGCUGAAUACAACGCUGAAAGAUAUUCAGAGCAAGAACGAGACACUGCAACCCUGUCAUGAUAAAGUCAACAAGCCUGAAACAACACACCAGGGUGAAGAACAAGAGCAAAGCAUGAACUCAGAAUCAGAGCUACCCUUACCACAGACAGACCAUCAGGAGGGUGGUGAGGAUGAGGAAGGAGAAGAAGAAGAAGAGACAUAUGAGGAAGGACAGGAAGUAGAAGAGGAGGGGGAGCUGUGUGAAGAGACGCCAGAGGAGGAGGAGAUGAAGGUGGAGUGGCCAACAGGAGUCCCCCAGGCUUCGGACAAGGACCUGGCCAAGCUGUCCCACACAGAGGGGAGUUCCUCGCCAGAUGGUCUGGUCUCCAUUCUGAAGAGGAGGAGAGCUUCUCUGGAUGGAUUGCCUCCCCCAAGCAACAUUGUUACUAAACAGAACUCCAAACGCAAAGUUCGCUUCAGUGAGCCAGAGGACGGCGUUGAACAAGAUGAGGUAGGUGGAGAUUCCUGCCUGAUCCUGCUGCUGCUGUGUCUGGUUACCGUGGUGAUCAGCGUAGGCGGGACCACCCUGUACUGCACCCUGGUGGACACUUACUCCAACAUUUGCACCGACUUCACUCACAACUUUGACUUCUACGUCACGAACGUACGGAGGUUCUUUGAAGGGCUCGGACACUGGCUGCCCUCCCGGACUUAGACCCUUUCGUCUGCAUUCCAGACAUGCAUUUCGGACAUCUGUACUGUAAUGGACAGUGUAAAAUAGAGAGUGAGGAUGAGAGAGUACCCGAGCACGACUCGAAUUUGCAGUUUGGAGUCAACAUGACUGGCACAAGACCUACAGGCAUUAAUCUGAUGCGGCCAUCCAGAGUGUUUGAAGCUUUGAAUGCAGCUUGCCGCUUUUGGCUAACUAAGACUUAUGAAUCUGAGCUAUCAGCCUAAUUUAUGUAUAACUAUUUGGUGCUCAAAGUAACACCAAACAGUAAAAUUCACAAGCGUGCAUGUUGUGGGAUUAGAGUUUAAAAACGCUUGUUUACUACUGUUUGUGUGGAUAUUUCAUCUUAAGCUGAACCUUACAGAUGCCACACAGGAAGGCUCACUCAACUCUCAACAAUAUCUAUAUUUUAACAGAAGAAGUAGUUUAUCUGUGCACUAGUGUUUCCCUCACAUUUGUAGCAGUCGUAGCGUAUACAUUUGUCUUUUGUAUACGGUUUUAUUUUGACUUAUACAGAGAGAAGCUGUCAUUAGAAUCGUUAGGAUUGUACGUAUGUUGUUUUUUUGGGGAUGAUUAAUGGGCCAAAUGACUUUUUGUUCCUUAUUAAAUUCAUGUUACCAUUAUCUUUUGCUCUGUUGACCCAUCUCUGUUAAAUGAAUAUACUGUAGGGCUGUACACUUAUAUCAGACACUUUAUGCAGCGCAAUGACAAAGAUUUAUAUUAUUUUGAAAAACCCUAAUUCCAGAUACAGAUGAGCCUUUAUGAUCCUUGUGUUUACCUCAGUACAAGUGGUUACUCUUAACAUUCCUCUUAUCAUCGUGAUAUGUUCAAAGAGAAGCAUUGUACUGUAUGUGAUACUGGUAAAUGUACAAAGUGCCCUAUUAAAAACAAAGCACAGCAUCAUGCAAACAACAGCCUGCAUGAAUGAUGCUGUACAUGUAGAUUGAGGAAGAAUGUGGCUCUUGGUAUGAAAAUAUCAAGUCUACCACAUUAAAACACAAUACAUUUCAGUGAAGUCAUCAUGGUUAUCAGUAUGCAAUACAGUAAUUUAACAGCCGCUUCACAAACUCAGGCACUUACCCUGUGUUUAUACCUUUGGUGCUCAAUGUUUUCAUGUUCACCCUUAAGUAUGUGACCCUAAAAUUCCUGUCUACAUCUGGAUUUACGAUCAUAUCUAGUCUCCUCCUGCAGUGAGCAAGCAGCUACAUCCUGAUAGUAAAAACCCAAUGCAGAGAGAAGAUACAUUUGGAUCGUGUGCACUGGACACCAUAUCACGUUCAAAAACAGGCAAAAAUACUGGUGGUUUCAAAUCAAAAAAUGAAGAUGAAGUACAUUAUUACUGUGAACAACACUUGCUUUAUAUCUUUCUUGAAUGCACCUAGCUCUAAAUGGUCCCUUUGGUUACAUGCGCAAUCCUGAGCCUUCUUUUAUCUGCAUUGGGAGUUUAAUAUCCAGUGUGCAUGGGUUAUGCUGUCUUUGUAUCAUUUUAUCCAAAAGCAGCGCUUUAUGGACCAACAAUUGUGUUUCCUGGCUGGCACAAGUAACACAACAGAAAAUACACCUGUUAACACAUACAUUUUAUUGAAAUGGAGAACAUUUUAUUUGAUCAGCAUGAUCUUUUUGUCCAUUGCCUUGUAUUGGUGUUUUUAGUGAUUUCAACUGAUUUUUAUCUCCCCUUCUGAACUUCCAAUGUUUGCAAAGUGAUGAAUGUUAUAUGUUAUGUUAUGUUAUGUUAUGUUAUGUUAUGUUAUGUUAUGUUAUACUUCUGUAUUGUCACUGUGGAUCAUGCAUUAUGCAAUCCAUCUUUAUAUGUUUCAAUAUUUAAGUUCAGUUGUGUCCACAAGGGAAUACAAAAAUAUAUUAAUUAAGGAACA